AUGUGGUUUUUAAAAUUUAAAUGUCCGAAAUUGGGGUUUCUGAUUGGUCGAAAUUUUAUUAUGUGGAAAAUGAUUUUCACGAAAAUCGUGGCUCCGCCAUUAUCUUGUAACGGGGCAGAAAUUGAGACGGCGUUGUCCAUACAUUCAGGGCCCAGCCCCAGCCCUUCUUCCUCUUGCGAAGAAAAUUGUACGCCACCAUCUAAAAAUUGUUAUCGUUUGGUUGUUUUGGGUUCUUCAAGAGUUGGUAAAACUUGUUUGGUCGCAAGAUUUUUAAAUAAUAAAUUCGAAGAGAGUUACACGCCCACAAUAGAAGAUUUUCAUAGGAAAUUGUAUAGGAUUCGUGGUGAAGUUCAUCAGUUGGAUAUUUUGGACACGUCGGGAAAUCAUCCUUUUCCAGCAAUGAGAAGGCUUUCAUUUUUGACAGGUGAUCUUUUCCUACUGGUUUUCAGCAUGGAUUCAAGAGAAUCAUUCGAAGAAGUUAUACGUCUUAGAGAGCAAAUACUCGAAACGAAAUUAAGUGCGACCGUUAACAGUAGCGGAGUAAGGAAAAGAUCGACGAAUUUAAGAGUUCCAAUGGUUAUUGUUGGAAACAAAUGCGAUAAAGAAAUGAAAACUGUCACACUCGACGAAGCCAAAUCGUUCGCGGCAACUCAAGACGAAAAUUGUUCGUUUGUCGAAACGUCGGCAAAGAAAAACAUUCGCAUAGAUGAUUUGUUUCACGAAUUGUUUGUCGUUUCCGGUUUACCCUUAGAAAUGGCGCCAAAUCAUCAUAAGAGAAUAAACGCACAAUUCGGAAGUCCUUGCACUUUGCCACCAUCCGCGACAUCAUCUCCGAAAUCUAAAAAAUGUACAAUUUCCAUUAAAAGAAGGCUUAGCGAUGCUUGCGGAGUCGUCGCUCCCAACGUUCGAAGGCCGAGCAUAAGAACGGAUUUGAUGAUGAUGAGAGCGAAAACGUCACAUUGUGGAAUAUCGAAUACGCAUAAUAAAUGUAUACUUCAGUGA